AACUGAACUGAAAUGAGAGUGGUUCACAUCUCAGACACCGUCUCCAACUGCAACAAGGUUCACAUCUCAGACACCGUCUCCAACUGCAACAAACUUCACAUAUCAGACACCGUCUCCAACUGCAACAAACUUCACAUAUCAGACACCGUCUCCAACUGCAACAAACUUCACAUCUCAGACACCGUCUCCAACUGCAACAAACUUCACAUCUCAGACACCGUCUCCAACAAGGUUCACAUCUCAGACACCGUCUCCAACUGCAACAAACUUCACAUCUCAGACACCGUCUCCAACUGCAACAAACUUCACAUCUCAGACCCCGUCUCCAACUGCAACAAACUUCACAUCUCAGACACCGUCUCCAACAAGGUUCACAUCUCAGACACCUUCUCCAACAAGGUUCACAUCUCAGACACCGUCUCCAACUGCAACAAACUUCACAUCUCAGACACCGUCUCCAACUGCAACAAGGUUCACAUCUCAGACACCGUCUCCAACUGCAACAAGGUUCACAUAUCAGACACCGUCUCCAACUGCAACAAACUUCACAUCUCAGACACCGUCUCCAACAAGGUUCACAUAUCAGACACCGUCUCCAACUGCAACAAGGUUCACAUCUCAGACACCGUCUCCAACUGCAACAAGGUUCACAUCUCAGACACCGUCUCCAACUGCAACAAACUUCACAUCUCAGACACCGUCUCCAACUGCAACAAACUUCACAUCUCAGACACCGUCUCCAACUGCAACAAACUUCACAUCUCAGACACCGAGAGGAGAGCUGAGAGGAGAGAGAGACUACAGUGUUUCUGUCUGGUCCACAUCACACUGCCCUGA